AGCAGGCGGGCGGGGGCCUCGGCUCGGCGCGUGGGAGUCGGGAUUUGCUCAGCCCGGGAAGAAAAGUAAAUUUGCAGAGCGGCAGGUCGGGGGUCCGAGAGGCUGUGCCGCGCUCCGGGCGUCCCUGCGGGUAGCGUCUCCGGUCAGGUAGUGAAGACUGCAGUGAAGCCCCCUCCCCCUUUGGCCUGGCCUUCUUCAGGCUGAACAAUUCCAGUUCCCUCGGCCUUUUCCUGCACAUCGCAUGUUCCAGCUCACCAGUGAAGAUGUUGCUAUGAGGAAAGAAGUCAGCAAUGACUGAUGUGGAGCCUGUGGUCACAGAUUUUGCAGCAUCAGGAAGGGCAGGCCGCCGGAACGCCUUACCAGAUAUUCUGGGCUCUCCUGCUGGUGCUGGGACUUCAGACCUGCCGCACAAACUGGCAGAGCUCUCUGUUUCAGAAGAUGAAAGAGCAGAGGAUGGAGAAGUAUCAUCAUCCAAAGCCUCACUGGAAAGUCAAGAUUCAGGAGGAAAAAACAGUGAUUCCUAACACCUAAGGACUGCUGAAUUAAUGAAACCCAUCAACAGACUUUCUAGAGUUUCCCUGUGUCACCAGUUCUGAAGUGUGGUAACAACUAUAGCAACACACAACAUUUUACAGCACAAUUGUACCUAGAUGACAUUAACACAAAACUAAUGCUUUUUCUACAGUAGUCCAUCAAAAACUAUGUUCUACAAAUCUAAAUGAGAUGAGAACUAAAGAAUGUAUCUGUUGUCCUGGGUUUUUUAAUAGUUGUAGUAUUCAUCCUAACCAAUCUUCUUCUGCAGUUUCAGCGAGUAUAGUUAGCAGAUGUACCAAGUAAUGACUGCUUCAAAAUAAAAUAUCUAUUUCUUAAUUUUCCAAAAUGACUUAUUUCUCUCUAACACAUAGGCAUAUUCACUCUUCACCUUAAGAUGAUUUAAGUAUGUAUUAGAUUGUAAACAUCCAUCUGCAAUUUAUUUCCAGAGAUUUUUGUUCUCUUUAGGGAUAUAUAGAUAGAAGACAGAAAUAGAAAAAAAAAAAGGAAAAAAGAAAAAAAGAAAAAAAAAUUAUCUCCUCCUGCUGAUUCCAAAAGUUUUGUAUUACUACAUAAUACACCAGUGUUGUUUUUUAAACUCUUGCAUUUAUUUGAUUAUGGCACACCAUCUCAGUUCUCCCACUCCUACCAGUCUUGCUGCUUCUGUCUUUUAUAUUCUCAAGCCUAAUAUUGUAGCUGUUCAUGUGUAUCUAAAAUAAAAUAGACACAUUUGUAAGCGAUUAAAACUGUUAAAUCUCAUUGUGGAAAAUAAAUAGCUAUCCUCUUUUCUGCCUUCC